AUGGCAGCAGAGGACGGCGAAUUCCAAUUCGAUUUCUCAGCCGAUGAAGAGCAGCUCCUGAUACAGCUGUGCGCUGACGCCGAGACAAAGGACCCAGUCGCCGGCGCCAUUGAUGCCCUGCCUGCACGGUCGGAUUUCGGACCAGAUGCGUUGACGGACAAUGGCUUCUCUUCGACUGGCGUUGACAAGAGCGCCGCGGCUGACGACACCCCAGCAGCGUUGCUUCUGGCUGCCUCCGGCCAAACUAGCUAUCCGACUUCAAAACGUGCUCUCGAGGACCUUGACAAGCCGGCCACCUCGCCGCCGGCCGCACCCGUCAGCGAGGAUUUCGAGGACGAGUUCGCCGACCACCGCUCGCCCCUCCAAAAAUUCCGCUCCUUUCCCAGGCGGCCCCUCACCGUCUCGGACCUGACCGCGGGCGCCUGGUGCGAGCUGCAGUACUGGUACACGCUGUCGCGGCUGCCGGGCGGGCGCCGGACCCGCACGGCUGCGAUGCGGCAGGGCUCCCGGCUGCACCAGACGCUCGAGGACGAGGUGCACGUGACGGUCGAGGUCGAGGUGCUCAGUCGGGAAGACGGCUUCGGGCUCCGGCUGUGGAACUUCGUGCAGGGGCUGCGCACGCUCCGGGCAACGGGCCUCACGCGGGAGCUCGAGGUCUGGGGCGUCCUAGACGGCGGGCACCUCGUCAACGGCGUUAUUGACAGCCUCAGCCAUGAGAACCCGGAUCCGGCGUUUGAGCUGGCGCUCAGCCAGGAAGCGGAGGGCACGCGGCCAAAACUAACAGACUACUUUGCCUCGACGACGACGAAAACACCAACGGGGCCCAAGGUCUAUCUCGCCGACGUCAAGACGCGAGGCUCGCUCGCCAAGGUGUCAAACGCGCUGCUGCGGCCCGCCAAGAUCCAGCUGCUCCUGUACCACCGCUUCCUGUCGGACCUGGCGGCGGCGCGGCUCGACUUUUACAAAGUCUUUCGCCGGUACGGCCUCGACCCGGACGAGCCGUUUUCCGACGCCUUUCUCGCGCAAAUGGCUGGCCUCCACGACGACGACAUGUUUUCCCCCACCAGCUCGGAAGACGCAGAAGAAAACGUCGACACGGCGCUGCUGCCGUACAGGAGUCUGCGCGAGCUGCUGCCGCUCGUCGCGCGCGAGGUGGGCGGCCUGCUGCGCGUGCAGUACGUGUACCGCGGCGACGGGCGGGAGAUUGGGCAUCACGACUUUGCGGCGUCGCCGCGCGUGCUGGACGAGUACCUGGGCGCGUACAUGGCCUGGUGGCGCGGCGAGCGGCGCGCGGCCGGCGUCGCCGUCGACGAGGCGUUCAAGUGCCGGACGUGCGAGUUUGCCGAGGGCUGCACCUGGCGGGAGACGAUGGACGCGAAGAGGGUGCAGAGGGUGCAUGCGCGGUUGCAGGCGGCCGGAGGGUUGAAGAAGUCGUCUGUAUAA